AUGAGACCUGGGGGGUCUCAGAGAGGGAGGGUGGCAAGUGCGGCUCAGUCUGCCCCGAGCGAAGCCCCGAGCUGCAGCCCCUUUGGGAGGAAGAAGAAAUGCAAAGACAAGUACCUGGCCAAGCACAGCUCGAUCUUUGACCAGUUGGAUGUUGUUUCCUACGAGGAAGUUGUUCGACUCCCUGCAUUCAAGAGGAAGACCCUGGUGCUGAUCGGAGCCAGUGGCGUGGGUCGCAGCCACAUUAAGAAUGCGCUGCUCAGCCAGAAUCCGGAGAAGUUUGUGUACCCUGCCCCGUAUACCACACGGCCGCCCAGGAGGAACGAGGCGCACGGGCAGGAGUACCACUUCAUCUCAGCAGAGGACAUGAUGAGGAGCAUCUCUGCCAACGAGUUCUUGGAGUUUGGCAGCUACCAGGGCAACAUGUUUGGCACCAAAUUUGAAACAGUGCACCAGAUUCAUAAGCAGGACAAGAUUGCCAUCCUCGACAUCGAGCCCCAGACUCUGAAGACUGUUCGGACAGCAGAACUUUCACCUUUCAUUGUAUUCAUCGCACCUACUGACCAGGGCACUCAGACAGAAGCCCUGCAACAGCUACAGAAGGACUCCGAGGCCAUCCGCAGCCAGUAUGCUCACUACUUCGACCUCUCACUGGUCAAUAAUGGCGUUGAUGAAACCCUUAAGAAAUUGCAAGAAGCCUUUGACCAAGCAUGCAGUUCUCCACAGUGGGUGCCUGUCUCCUGGGUUUACUAAGCUUGCAAAAUGGGGAGGGGUGGGGAGAACCACUGUAUGUCCCUGUCCAGCAUUUGGAACUCCAUUCCCUUGCUUUGAGACAAACAGGGCCACUCCAACUAAUUUUAUGUCUGCUUCCAGCUCUCUGCAACUAUCCCAAUUAGGCCAAUAGUAUUCAGUCUUCUUGCUCAGGCACUGGAAGGGUUGAGGUUUGAUUUUUCCUGAUAGAUGGGGCCCAGUUGAUCUGGAUUUCAAAAGAAUCUCUGGAAAUUGGGGUAAGAAAUACUAUAAAAUGCAACUGCUAAUAAAAGACGCACAAAAAGCAAUGGACCGUGUCCCUCUAAAGCCUGUGCUCCUUCACCUUCAAUUAUCCUGGGCAUUUCAUGUGUCUUUUUACUUUGGAGAAAGCGUUUUCAGCUCCAACUUUCUGAAAUGCCAAAAUGAAACAGCUGUGCACUAGAAUGAUGUCUGAUGUAUGGAAAUCUUCAAAAGCAAUAAAAGUGUUGCUGUUAAAAUGCCAA